GAUGCCCUGGGUCACAGGUCAUCACAAGAGGCCCAGGAGUUGAGGCCGCACGGGGCUUACAUGGGCUGGGGUGUGGGGAGCACUGUCAGUCUCUGCCGCUGUUCUGUUCUCCAUGAUGAGGACGUAGGAACGUGCUCGGCACUGGGCACUGGGCAUGCUUUACGUGGUGUCAGUGGGUGGCCAGGGACUCGCCGUGUGGCCUGACGUGGGCGUGGGGCCCCUUCUCUGCCUGCAGGACGAUGCCAUCGUCCACUGCGUGGGGCGCCCUCCUGCUGGUGGGCCUGUGCUGCCUGGCCCCCCGCUCCCUGGCUGAUGGAGACGCAGCCCAGGACACACACGCACCCGAGCACGACCAUGCCCACCACGAGGUGCCCGCCUGCCACAAGAUCGCCCCGAACCUGGCUGACUUCGCCUUCGGCAUGUACCGCCAGGUCGCCCACGAAUCCAACACCACCAACAUCUUCUUCUCCCCUGUAAGCAUCGCUACGGCCUUUGCGAUGCUGUCUCUGGGGGCCAAGGGUAACACGCAUGACCAGAUCCUGGAGGGCCUCGGCUUCAACCUCACCGAGAGAGCGGAGAGCGAGGUUCACCAGGGCUUCCAGCAGCUCCUCCGCACCCUCAACCAGCCAGACAGCCAGCUGCAGCUGACCACCGGCAGCGGGCUCUUCAUCAACGAGAGCGUGAAGCUUCUGGACAAGUUUCUGCAGGACAUCAAGAACCUGUACCACUCGGAAGCCUUCUCCAUCAACUUCGGACACAACGAAGAGGCCAAGAGACAGAUCAACAAUUACGUGGAGAAGGGAACCCAGGGGAAAAUUGUGGAUUUGGUCCAAGACCUUGACAAAGACACAGUUUUUGCUCUGGUGAAUUACAUUUUCUUUAAAGGAAAAUGGAAAGUCCUCUUUGACCCAAAGCUCCCUGGGCUCAGACUUUUCUCGGUGAGCGAGGGGGUCACGGCCCUCGUGCCCACCAUGCACCGCUGCAACACCCCCGCGGUCUUCAUUCUGCCCAACACCAGCACGGCCAGGGAGGCGGAAGCGGCUCUCGCGAAAGAGAAACUUGACAUGUGGACUCAGCCGCUCCCACUAGGGCGAGGGCUCUGGGACGGCCCCCCUGUACCCCGGGGGGGGGGGCCGGCAGGGGAUGAGACGGCCAGCGAGAGAGGCAGCACGGACAGUGAGAAGGGUUGGGCAGGGGAGGCGUUUGGAGGUGGAAAUGCCAAGACUCCUGUGGGAAAGCGAUGCAAGCUGGGAGCAUCCCGGGGGCACGAACCACGGAGGGGCAGAGGGGGCUCUGCCGUAGAAAAGGGACCGGAAGAGCAGGCAGUGAGCCCUCCACCCAUGAGUCAGGCCCCAUGGGGAGAGACCGCAUCCUCCAUCCCUUUGGAUGAGGAAACGGUCCCCACGCAGGGAGCCCGCUCGCGCCCACGCAUCGGCCUUGACAGAAUCAGGAGUCCGUGGCAGGCCCUUGAAGUGCUCUGUGCGCCACAGGCCACAGCCUCUCCGCCUGACCUUACUCCCCAGCGAACAGAGGGUCAGAGCUCAGCCCCAGGCCCAGGGCGGCCACCCCCCGCCCCGCGCCCCCGGAGGAGAAGCAGCCCCUGCUGCGAUCAGCACCCUGAACUCGGUCCCCGCAGGCGGUGCACAGAGCAGAGCUGA